AUGAGAUCGAGAGUGAAUCUAGUUGCGAUUCUUUUAACCUUGAGCUGUGUGAUCCGCCUGCUGGAGAGCGCGAAAUCCCAGAAGCAGACCAGUCACACAGAAUUUACUGUUGCGAAGAAGAUUAUCAAGGAGGUUCACAAGUUGGCGCCAACAAAAGCCUCGCUUACAAAAGUCGUGCCACAGAGUACGAUUAUUAUACGGCAGGAGAGACCGAAGCCUCUAAGCAAGAAUGUGGCGAGCAGUACUGCUUUGUCGAAGGAUUACUUUUCAAAACCAGGUCGACCUCGCCGAAGGAAACGUAAAAUGGGGCGUACGAUGAUGGCGCUGUUGAUGGCCUACAAAAUGAAGUUCGUCGCAUUGAUCCCAACGUUGGUCGGAGGUUUGAUCCUGUUGAAGGCUACCGCGUUGUUAGCAGGAUUUUUCUUCGCGUUAUUCGCCGCCGUUCUAGGACUGAAAACACACUGA